GAAUGCGUUCGGGGGGAAGAACUUCUUCAUCUUGACGCCUACGUUGAGAAUAGAAGAGGGAUUCAACUUCCGAAUGAAUCAGCGAGUGUACCUUGAGAUCGACAACAUGUCUCAACGCAAUAAGACCGUUUACCCGGAUAACCUCGUCGACACGAGCGCCUGGGGAGGAGUGCCGAUGCCGGGGGGUCCGGCGGGGGAUACUCCACGUCAGCCAUCCGUUGCAGGAGAAUCUAUUGCCGGGGGAGAUGUGGGUGAUGGCAAUGACGAAGAUGGAGGGUCGGCGCGGGAGUACGGGUUCAGUGCAGGCAGCAUGGGCGGCGCUGGCAAGAGAAAGAACAUGUGGCAGCAAACGUUUGACGCCAUCGCCGAAGCACAGUGCAUUGAUGGCGGACAUUGUAGAGGGGACAAGCAAGCGACAGUGUCGUCUUCAAGGUCCGAUGGUUUCACCCGCGUCGAGCCGUAUGUCACCGUCGACUACCCCACCGAUCUGGCGAAAACUGUUUGGCAGAGCCGCCAGAGCGUGGAGUGGUCGAGGGUAGUGCCGCCUAGUGCCGUCUACCACACGCUCGCUUUGAAGUUGGACAUUCCAUUGUGGUAUGCAGGGGCAUAUAUCGAGGAUAGGCCCAACUCGAAGGACGGCGACAUGGCAGGCCAGCAGGAGUCCACUGUGAUGCAUUUGGCGUCUUGCUUUCACGAUGCGCUUCGAUACGGGCAGGGGUCCGAUGGCGGGAAAAUGUCCCAAUCAAGACUUAGCAGAGUUGCAGACGCUUUCCACCUGCUUCUCGGCUCGUGCGUGUGGGUCAUGCGCAUGGGGGGGGAUGCUGCACGCUCCUACAAGGAGGCGUCAUACUACGUGCAGCUCGUGGCGAGCCUACGAUUGUGGCGGCUGGUUCACAGUCCUUCAACAGGCGUCGACAUGUUCUCGAGUCCGCGAAUGCCGUAUUGACUCGCCUCGGGAAGCCGCCCUUGACGAUGGUGGAUGCACUGCUCAGUGAAGGCCAUAUGAUUAAUGGCACCUUUUUGGGGAUAACACAACAAGAGGGGAUGCAUAUUUUCAACUUCUUUCAUGGAUGCAGGGCAUGUAUUGAAUGAUAAAUUUUGUGAGAUUUU